AUGAGCUGCAUGUGUGGGCUCGAAGAGAACGGGUGUCAGGGAAUUGCGUGCGCGGAGGUGAACAUGGCGAAGGUGCAUCGAUCACCGUUGGCGGUGUUGCUGCUGGCAGCUGCGUGCUAUGUCCUGAGCUUCGCGCCGGGCUUCGUCGCGCCGACGGAGGUCACUCAUACCGCUGCCGAAGCAGUCGUGGGAGCUGCAGCCACUGGCUUGGCACCUCUCAAUGAGGCAAGCUCCAUGCUCACCGCCGACCUGUCCCCGUUGGAGAACCCCAACAUCACCUUCGUGGUGCUGCUGUCCAUGUUCUCCAUGUCGAUUGCCCUGGUGGUGUGGGGACGUAACGGCUUCUGA